GCACAUCCCAGCUGCUUCUGCUACUGCUUCUGCUCCUACAGCUUCCACCUGACUACUAAAUUGGUUUUCCUGCUGGGCAGGUAGCAGAUAUGAAUCUGGGCGCUGCAAUCAUUUACGCAAAUCACUUGAUCGACUCUUUCCGACAAAGCGCCCGCGAUAUAAACAGGGGUUUCCGCUAAUACCAGAACCGUGAGCAAUAUAUUUAUUCUGAGCUAGCGCGCCACGCCGUAGGAUUACGCGUUAGCCUAUUAGCAGCUCUGGGAGUUAAGAUGGGUGAUACGCGUCUGCAGACACUGCUGAGCACGUUGUGCGACAAGGGUGGCUGGACGUAUGCUGUCUUCUGGAGAGCUCCAGAGCUCCACUGCACGACGCAACUAGCCGCGCUAGCGUGGGAGGGCGGCUACUUUCUGCUCACCAACGUGUUCAACCAGAAGCAGACGACCGGCGCAUCGCUGACGGAGGCUGACGUGGCGCGCAUGCUGGCCCUGCAGGAGGAAUUCACCGCCAUGCGCUCGCACAGCUACCCGUGCCGCAGCGGGUUGCUGGGCAAGGUGGCGAUGACAGGCGGGUACCGGCUGCUGUGUGAGCCGGUCAAGACCCAUGCUAUUAGAGGAGUGGGGCGGCUGCAUCUGGAUGGCAGCAGGGACGAGGAGCAGCCAGAGGAGUGGGACAGGCAGUUCGCUGCAGGGGUCAAGGUCAUUGCCCUGAUCGGCGUGCCGCAAGGCGUUCUUCAGAUAGCUGCGUGCACGCCGAUUAAGCCCACAAACGAGAUGAUUGCGAAGCUCCGAACCAAGUUCGACGAGCUUCGGAAACCCCCCCGAGUCACCCCCAUGCCGAACCUGCAAUCCGCCAUACCUGCCCUUCCAAACCAGUCCACGCCUCCCCCAAAUACCACCUCCCCCAACCCCUGCCGCCCAUCUGCCCCUGGCCAAUCACAACCGAGCACAGCUAAGUCACCGAAUAUUUCACUGAACGACCUCAUGCUUCUAAGCAAGCUUCUGGGCAGCUCUGGAGAAAAUCUUUCACCUGCCCAGGCGUCUAAGCUCUUGGCCCAGCUGGCGCAGCUAUCUGGGAAAACACCUGACGCACAGAGAACUCAAACAGGGGGGCCAAGAGGGCAAGAAUUCGACAGAGGACAGGGCGGGAUGCGAGUAGGGGAGAAGGGGGACGAAUGUGUGCCUGGCUUGCAACCCUCGCAGCAGCAGCAGCAGCAGCAGCAGCAGCAGCAGCAGCAUCUUCAGCAGCAUUGGCAGCAGCAGGGACGGACAGCUAGGUGGGGGGAGGGGCGCAGGCAGGAUCCUGCCGCUACUACAGCCGCUGGUGGCGCUACAGCCCCUGCUACAGCUAGGAACGGAAUGCAGCAGGGAAGGCUGGGGGAGGGCUGGACCGGGGUAGGCACUGCCCGCAUAGGCCCCAGUGGGGCGGGCUUAGCUGGGGGAGGGGGACUCACGGGAUCGCCAGGUGACCUGGGUGGAGAGAGGUGGGAAUCGGUUCAAGGGGCAGAGUGUAGGAGGUGGGGAGGCAUGGGGUCUGGCGCAGGUGAGGGUUCUGGGGCGGGAGAGGGGGAAAGAGGGGGGAACGACCAGGGGGGAACGAGUGCAGUUGGGUUAGGUUUUGCGGGUCAGACAAUGGGUGGGAGAGGGAAGGAGGUUUGUGGUGGUGGUGGUGAGGCGGCAGAGGAGGGCACUGGGGAGUGGCGUCCGGGGGAGAACGAGGGGGGUAGUAGCAAUGAGAGAGGGAGGGAUGCGUGUGAUGGUGCGGCAGGGCACGACGGGUGUGAGUUGUCGUCAGGCCCUGGCGGCACCGACAUGUCUGUCUGUGGAGGGGAAAUGGACGGAGGGGAAGGAGCAGGCGCAAGCGGUGCCACUGGUGGUGGUUCUAGCGGUGUUGGUUUUGGAGAUGCAGCAGCAGCAGCACAAGGGACAGAGGCAAGAGCAGGAGCAGGAGGAGCAGGGGCAGCAGGGGCAGUAGGAGCAGCAAGAGGAGCAGCCAGGGGGGCAGUAGGAGCGCUAGCAGGGGCACCUGCAGGUUCACCUGACAUGAGUGUCAAGCCUUGCCCGCCUGUCCCUCUGCCUCCCCUCGCUCCCUCCCGCCCUCGCUUGCCCCCACCAGACGACCCUUCUGCUCACCUGCUCAAUUCUUCUUCUGCUACUGCUGCUGCUGUUGCCGCUGCUACUGCCAAUGGUGCUGCUGCUGCUAAUGGUGUUGCAGCUGGCUCCACCCCUCCCCUCCACCCCACAGCCUCCCCUGGGGACUCGGCCGAAUUUGACGCUCUCUGUGUCACACUAGACCACUCCCGCACCUUCCCCACCACAGGACAACCGCUGCCGCCCGGACUGACACUCAUAGCCACGUCCCCGCCCCAUGCCACCGCCCCAGGCACCUCCCCUGUAGGAACCAACGCACACACGCCCCCAUUCAGUGGUAACCACAUGAGUAACACCAGCCACAUGGGUAACUCUAACAGCCAGCACCACCAGCAUGCAGGCAUCUAUGCGUCUGUAUCGGCAGACAAGCCCCCCUCCCACCGCAGGUCCCGGUCGCUGGCCCAGCAGCGCCGGCACACGCUUUCCAGUGCUGACCGCGUUGCUCUCGCCAGUCAGCUCUCCCCGUCCUGCGGGGUUCUGGGGAGUGGAAAUGGUAUGGUAGGAGGAAUGGUGGGAGGAGUAGGAGGUGGUGGUCAGGGUGGAGUGGGAGGCGGAGGAGGAGGGGAAGGGGGAGGGGGAGGGGGAGGAGGAGGAGCGGGAGGGGGGCUGGGUGCGUCUGCGUAUAGCCAUCCUUCGGCGGCAUUGAGCAGGAUGGUGGUGAGUCCUCUGUUCAAGCGCAGCCUGAGCUGCACGAGCCCCAUUCAGGGCAUCACCCGCGCAGCUGCCGCCGCCCACAUGCGCCGCCACUCCUUCUCCAACUCCCCCUCCUCCUCCCCCUCCUCUUCUGCAAACACCGCUUCUGCCGCCCGGGCUUUGCAUAGGGUUUCCUCACCCACUACUAGCACGGGCGGGGUGGGCUUGGGGGGAGGAGUAGGAGGAAGAAGUGCGUCGUUCACGAGCCGCCACGUGUCCAGUCUUUCUAACCCCGAGUUUUUGUCGGAGUUUCUCAAUCUCUGCCCGUUUGUAACUUCCCCUGGGGGUGGGGGCUCGGGGCGAGGGAGGGAGAUGGCUGGAGGUAUGGAGGGAAGGGGGAUGGCAGGAGCAGGUUUGGGAGGGGGAAUGGGAGGAGGGGGCAUGGGAGGAGGGGGGGCGCCUGUGGGGGGCGGGAUGGGAACAGGGGAAGGAGGAAUGAUGUCGCAGGUUGCGCUCGGCCAGACCAAGCCUGGAGGGGUGGAAGGAGGGGGGAGAGAAGGUGGAGGGGGUGGGGAGGUGGAUGAGAUGGAGUGGCUGCUCGAGCAGAUGAUGAUGCAUGGCCAUGCUGCUGGUGGCCAUGCUGCUGGUGACCACGCUGCCACCCCUGAUGAUGAUGCGUAUGCCGCUGCACUUGAUGCAUGUGGGUCUGCUGGUGGGGAUGCUUGCCCGGACAUAGACAUGGGCAUGGGCAUGGAUAUGGGCGUGAGUGAGGGCAUAGGCAUGGGCAUGGGCGUGGGAGAGGAUUACGAGGAGCAGGCAGCAUUCACGGGGGGAGAGGCGGGAGGGGGACUGGAUGCAGUGGAUGGCUUUGACGGCAUGGAUGGGAUGGGCGCACUGGGGGGAGUGGGGGAGAUGGGGGGGAUGGGGGGGAUGGGGGGGAUGGGGGGAAUGGAUAUGGGUGCUAGUGUAGACGGACGGGGGGAGCAUGGCACUGUUACGGAUGCGGCUGCUGGUGGCUCUGGUGGCAGAUGUGGUGCUGGUGUCGCUGGUGGUAGUCACAAGGCGGCAGAGAACGCAACUCUUCAGAUGCUGCUGCAGCGGUGCAAUGGCGACCCUGCUGCUGCUGCACUGCUGCUGGAGAAACUCCUGCUGCAGAAACAGCAGCAGCAGCAGCAGCAGCAGCAGCAGCAGCAGCAGAGACUAGGCAUGUCUUCCACUCCAGGCACAGUCAAAUCCUCAUCCCACUCCCAGCCGUCCCGCAUCCAACACUCCAUGCACCCUUCCGCCUCCCCUCCUUCCGCAUCCCCUUCCUUCGCCUCCCCCCCCCUCCAACCCACCCCCUGCCCCCCUCCCACUCCCGCGCCCUCCCAGCAGCCCCUCUCCCCCGCCCCGCCUCCCGCUUCUUCCCCAAGUCCGCCUCUUUGCCCGGCCACAUUCCCCGCCCCAUGCCUCCUGCUGCUGCUGCCGCUGCUGGUGUUGGUGGUGCUGGUGCUGGUGCUGUUGUUGGUGGUGGCGGUGCUGUGGGGGAGCGGAUAGCUGCGAGUCCCCUGGGACGGCAGCCGGUGCAACAGCAGUUGCAGCAGCAGCAGCAGCGAUUGCAGUUGCAGCAGCAGCAACAACAACGGCAGCAGCAGCAGCGAUUAGAGCAGCAGCUGAGGCAGCAGCAGUCAGCGUUGCAGAUUCAGCAGCAGCAGCAGCAGCGUCUAUCACCAGAGGAGCAGAAGCAAAACCUUCUACUAAGUUAUUUAAUUUCUGGCAAGCAAACUCCUGACUCCGCUGCAUGGGCCUUAGUGGCGAGCCUACCCCCUGCAGCGCGGGCUGACCUGCUCUCACAGCUGCUGCUUGAGGAAAAGAAACAGAAAAACACGCCACUAGAAGCGCACCCACAGGCACGGGCACCUGCUGCUGCUGCUGCUGCCAGAAGUGGGGGUUCACUAGAAGUGCCUGCGGCCGCCGCAGCUGCUGCUCUUGAUGCUGCCAGGUGGCAGAAUGCUAGUGGUGGGUCUGGUGGUGUGUCUGGUGACGGUGGUAGCAUGGAGGGGGGGAGUGUACACCUAGGAGGUGUAGAAGGAGGAACCUUCCGCCAACCACAUGAGGAAGCUUCCUUACCCGAGCGACGAGAUUAUGAUGCCGAAAACUCCACCCGUCCACCGCACCUCCGGUGCAGCUAUCCCGAACGUAUUGGGCGAAGCGCUUCCGAACCUCGAGCUGCAGGUUGGAGCGAGAGGGUGGGUGCCAGUGCCGAGCCUGAAGGUGCGGGUUGGGGAUUUGGAGAUGGCUCCAUGCAGCAGCAUUCAAUCGUGCUUCAAAACACCUCCUUACCAUAUCCUGCUGCAGAAGCAGAGGCAGGUAGUGCAGCAGUAGCAGCAGAAGUAGAAGCAGAAUUGGCAGCAGCAGGAGGAGGUGCAGCAGCAGCAGCAGCACCAUCUGGAAUAGAUGUCAGUGCCUUACUUUCUCCUGGUGACAUAGGCAUAGGAGAAUUUUCAGCUGUACAGGGGGGACUGGAUGUGCUUAUAGGGGGGACCACAGGCGACGAUGUAGGAGGGCUCAUGGGGGAGGGGAUGGGGAUUGGGAUGGGAGGGGAGGAGGAGAUAGGAGAGGAGUGGGCCAUGUUUUUAGAUGUCAUGGACGCCCCGCCAGUACUGGAUGAUCUAGACGAGGUGAUGGGUGCCAGGAUCUCUUGACUCGUUUCUGCUGGUUGCACGCGCGUUUACUUGGUGCUGUAACCUGCUGCGGUGCUCUACACGACAGCAUUGCAGGACACGCCAUAGCAUGAUAUGUGCCAUGGGAUGGCAUGGCAUGGCUUCCACCAUUGCACUACAUGGCAUGUUGUUCAAAUGACACAUCUUUUCUUGGCUUGGCUAGAAAAGCCAACUUCCCGCAAUGGGGAAAGCUUUAUUUCUGUUGGAAACACCUCAAAGACUUGAGCGUUUCUGAAGUGUAACGCUACACUCGAAGAAAAGUCGUAUUGAGUACACGAGUCAACGGAGGUUACACGAGGAGGUUGGACGAAAGAACACGAAAGGACGAAGGGACUCGAAGGGUUGCAACCAGAGGUUGCGAUUGACCGUUGCGACUGCAAGGGUGGUAACCGAACCAAGGAUCGAGUCGCUGUGCGACUCGAUAACCGUUUAUUCAACUGUAUUCUACAACUGCCCUAUUUCUUAUUUUCUAUAUAUUCCUGUAUGCUUGCUUCUUUCAAUCAAUCACUUGCUCUCAC